GUUUGCUUUGUGUUCUAGGGAUAAAUUUGUUACUUGCUAAAUUUCGAGGACAUGGAAGAGUAAUUGAUAGACAAAUGAAGUCUGUGGUGAAACAUUUUUCAGUUGAAAGGAUAUGCAAUGAGGGCAAGUUGGUGAUGCAAAGCCCUUGAAAACAAGUAGAUUGAGCCAAUAAAAUCUGCACCUCCUUCGAUAGUUGGAUGGAAUAUGACCUUUUCUGUUUUGCAUAAGAGGUUUUUGAACAUAAUUUGCAUAGAAUCAUUCCUUUGUUGUAAGGGCAUUGCAAAGAGUAUAUCAAGUCUCGCGGGUAUUGCUUCAACGCACAUAAACUUCUUUCACGCUGUUAUUCAUGUUCAAAUAUCUAAUUUUUGUUUUACUCACGCUGCAAGUUCCAAGUGAUUCAAACUGUUUGACAGCAUCGAUUUCAAUCAUUCACCAAGGUAGGCUAUGAAUUCAGACAUAAAAAAAAAGGACGUGAUUUGUUUGUUUCUUUUUCUUUUCUUCAUCCAGUCAAUCCCCGCAUAACUUCACGUCGGAAGCCCAAGUUUUCUUUUUAUUUAUUGAAGAGGGCGUGAGGGGUGAACGUGCCCUUUUCUGACUGAAGUUUACGUGCGUAUGCUGAUGGAUUUUGAAGCUAUUUCCAGAAAGUAGGCUCACAUCGUCCCCCUGUUUUCAGUUAAAUGAAAAUAGAGCCACGCUUGAUGUUAAACCUCUUCAAACCUUAACGAAUUUUCUCCGUUUUCCUGGUCGAUCAUCACGUCAGCUGAAAUCCAACCCAGGAAACGAUUCCCUGAGAUGAUUCAGAACGAUAAUUUGAUAAUUAAAGGACAACAUUCUGUUUCCUUUAAUUAUUCAAAUGAGAAAAUGAUUAAAAGGGAUUUCUUUUUGUCGUACAGGGUACUACUUCGCGAAGUAUCGUUUUACAUCCUCUUUUUUCUUAUAAUUCACUUACCUUUCUAUGCUUUACAUGCGCACGGACACGUUCGUAUACACACACCGUAAGAACUCUAUCUGCGUACUGGAAUCGAUUGGCUAGUACUUUCGUAGCCUGGGGCUUUGUAUGACAAGACGACGGGCAACAGAAUCACGUGCACGGAAGAUGUCCUUAAAAAAAAAGAUGCAAAUCGUCAUACCGGGACAUUAUGAGAGACAUUUCAAAAGGCAAAACAUCCAACAAAACAGCUUGCUUUUUGGACGUGUCUGGACGUGAUGAAUCUCGAACGUGCUAAACAAAGGCGAAAAGAUGGGCGUUGCGAAGGCAGCAAAAGUCGUAGGAUACAAUUCACGCGCGUGAUGAAAACUCCAGCGGCAGCUGAACUGCCACGAUGAUUUAUUGUAAAAAGAAGCAGAUGAAGAACUGAAAGGACUAAAUGAACAAAACAAAAAAAAAAAGGGAAUAAACAAAAGAAGAAUUGAUUCUCAUAAAAAAAAAACACAUGCAUCAACAUUUCCUUGUGAAGAAAAAUUAAUCAAAAAUUUUUUUUUCUGAUUGUGUUAAAGUCUAAAAUUAAAGAAAAAAAAGAAAAAUUGGGUUAAGUAAAAAAAAAAAAAGUGGGGAUGUAAACGACGCAAGUCUGCUGUUUCUGUUGCACAGCUGCGUCUAUAUGCUCUGUUGCUGCUGUUGUUGCCGCUUUCAACCGAAGGGAGAGGGACCGAAAUCCUGGGAUCGAGCCUCAGGAUUUCGUGCGUCCUAUAGACUCUCUUUAGUACGAUGAGAGCUCCAACUCGGUGCAGACGUGUCGUCUACCUUCCCCCUCUCACAGAGACACCAUCAAAGCCCAGUGGGCUGUAAUCAGUGGGAAUUCUAUGAUGUGACUCGUUGACAAAAUGUGUGAAUCAAUUCAAGUUAACGUUUAACGGUCGAACAGUGAUGGACUUUUUGUUGUGUAGCUAUCUUUGCUUUUUGCAUUGUACCACACUGGAGGCAAUAGGAAUAGGCGAUUGUUUGCACAACAGACUCUUCGAGAAGGAGCACAGCGUCCGAGAGUGACAAUUGACAAGGAGAUCUUGGAAGACGAGAGCGGAUGGAUGCGGCCGUUUGAAUCGUAUAGGCGACAACCGAGGACGAUAUCGAUGGCUUCGGCCGUCAGUGAUUCAGUCAACGAGGGCUCGCCGCAAAUGAACAUCAGCGUCGAAACGGCUGAGUCGGUUUACUUUAUCCUGUCAUCAGCGUGGCGUGCAGGAAGAACUCAAUGGCCGCAGACGGCUGCCGAGAAGGCCGCUGAAAAGAACGAAUAUUACAAAGCUUAUGAUCCCCUCACUGGGCUCAAAAUUGCUGCCACUCUUUCGGGAUUCUUGACGAUGGCCGUCCUCUACGUUUUUUAUAAGGCAAAGUGCAAGAGGUUGAAAUUCAUGCGAAGUUCCAGCGACGAGGAUUCGAUAGUAAUCGACCAGCCGGCGUCUCAGCCGCACUUACACGAGAGCAAUCCAGGUCUGACGGCAGACUCUUCGGCCUUCUACCAAGUCGAAGUGGAAUGCGGUAGCGCUAACAAGUUUCAACAUUAUUGCGAAUCCGGCCGCGAAACGCCAUCAGGCAGCAUCGUGACAUCGCAACAGCCAGCCCUGCACCAAUCGACUGUCACAAUCAAAUCGUCUCAGCCGCAAUAUUACGCAGAUGACAGUGAGAUGCCAGCGUGGAAAAUCUACGCCAAAGAGCUAUUUCUUUACGGUGGGUCGGGGUUAUGGCGAUCUGCCAGUCUCCAAAAAGGAAGCGAUCCCGUUCUACUGGUGGCCCAGUCUUCUUUCGACGAGACGAUCAAUAGCCGCAGUCAACGGACUGGUAGUUUAUCAGGUUCCGUCAUGGGCGGAUUGGGCAUUUACCGGUGCGAUUCUCGUAAACCGUCGUCCGUGUUCGCCUACCCGACGCGCAACAGCCAGUCACGCCUGCAAGUGCCGAACGUGCAACCGAAAACGGCGUGCGUGUCGCAGCUGCAUCGCCAACGCUCGUUGAAUCGUCAGGAUUGCAGCCGCCAGGACGAGGUGAUUACUGGAAGCGGUCGUGACCAACAGCUGCAAAGUCCUUUCAACAAAAAGAAUCUACCUGGACGGUCGGUUUCGUUCCGUGAAAGCGACAUGACCAAUUACAGCCGAAGUAAACGCGUUGCUCGCAGUCGGCCGGGAUCGUUGCACAACAAUCGGCCCGAUUACAGCCGACUGAGAAGUGGCAGUUGCAGUAACGCCGAGACGGGACAUUUGCGACCGGAUACUCUUGCAGUGGGCCAUCGUCGAUCGUCGUUUCGAACGCCGUCCAGGCAGCCGUCAAUCCGAGAAAACCGCCGCCAUGCCGUUACGCCUAGUACGUCGGUUGACCUACCGAUACCGUCACUUCCGCCACCAUCGCCGCGUUCUCGUCUGGCGGUCGUGCAUCGCGUUCACAUCCAGCAGCCGGAAGAUUCCAAGAAUAAAUCGACGUAUUGCCGUUCGGCUUCGCUGACCAGUGAACCGAUUUCACGCGGAUGGCGAUCAUCGAUUGCUAAGAUGAUCAGAGCCAAGAGCACAAGUGGACAUUCGGUGAGAUCCAACGGUGAGCGAACCGAAUGCUCCUCACCGAAGAAUCGCCGCAAUCGCAAUCCGAGCAGCCUGGCCAACGCAGAAAUGGGCCUGGCACCAAGCACCAAACAGGAGGAGCGUGACAACGGCAACUCUCAACGUGAAGGACACAUUGAUAUUUGCGUGAUCCAGGCGACGCCGGCCGCUUCGCCUUGCACGAGCAUCCGCAGUACUUUCAGUGGCGAUAGUUUGGAUUCGGCCACGGCCAAGAACAUCCCAUCUUUUUCUAGUUUCCAGCCGUCGGCCGUCAUGUCGGUGCGCGAUCGUCGGAAGUGUUUCGCUCGCAUGAAAGGCCAAACAAUCGAUCACGACAAUGCGUUGGCCAUUGACACCUCUUUCCUAGCUCCCCCGAUGGUUGAGUACAACGUUGGGCUCAGUCCGUCUUCGCUGUUGUCUUACCCGUUGGCCGACUUGCGUUCCCAUCGCUCCACUAGUCCAGCUGGCCAUUCGGCUUCCACUUGGCUUCAAGUGUUCAACGAAGAGCCGCAUCCGUUGAAAGACAACUGCCAUCCGCCGACUAAGAGGCCAGCUGCCGUUAGUACCGGCAAUAAGUCGCGAUCAUCGGCGCUAACUGGAGAACACCUGGGCGUCGGCCAGCUUCCAUCGCCCGCUGAAGUGGUGAAAGGCGGCCGACCGGCUAGCCACCAAGUUUCGAAUUCUAGCCCGACUUAUUCAAACACCCAAGAGCAGAGCACCCCAUUUCCAUUUUGAAUGUCUUGUUUAUAGACUCGACGAAUCAUUUAACAACGCAUCGAGUUUCGAAACGAGAACGAGAUGAUUUCAUCAAAUAUUUCCCACUCUCGGAUGUCGUAGACGUGCACUCAACUUAGCAAUGUGAUAAGGUAAAUGCCAACCUUCUAGGCCUGUGUAGCGGUUUAAUGAAGAUUUGAAAGAAGUCAAUAUGUCUCUAGUUUAUUUCAUCAAAUGACAUUUUGUAAAGGGGAAAAUUUCAAUUAUAUAUGUGGACCGUAAGUUAUAUAUAUGUAAUACAAGAGAUCGUGUAAUGAAUGAUAAGUAUAAACUAUAUGUUUCAUCCGACCAUUUGAUUUUGUUUCUUUUCUUUUCACCCAAUGAACGAAUGUGUGUUUGUUUUGUUUUUUCAUACUGGCCUGCAAAAUGUUUGAAUAUUGGUUCAUUUCCUGUAGCAAUACAUGUAAUAAAUAAAUCCA